AACAUUAAGUUUUAUUGUUAAUUGUUAAGCUAGUUGCUUGUGCGUUGAGGUGUGGUUGAGAUCAUUAUAAAAAAGUGUUUUAAUAAUUUCAACAUGUUUCAAUUCGUCGAUAGUGGAUAUACAGCAAUACUGGAAGGCCAACGGGAAAAAAGAUUAGAACUAGAGAAAGCCAAACGUUCUAAUGAGGAGCUGAAACUCCGACUAAAGCAUCUCGAAGAGGAAAAUAGCCAUUUAAGGGAUACAUUUACUAAUAAUGAGGUGGACAUAAUAACAAAGAAAAACGAUUUAAACAACUUACUGGAAACUUUUCAAAAAGAGCGCCGCACUUGUCUGGAGGAGUCCCAGAGAUUGGAAAUCUGUAAAGAACAAAUAGAUUCAAUGAACACUUUCAUUGACGAACUGAAACCAAUCAAGGAAUUAUUGGGCUUUAAGCAAAAUGUGGAAGAAUGCUUACAAGACCUAUUAAUUAAAACCAAGUUGCGAAUAGCAGAGAGUGAACAUACACUUCAGGAGCUUCACGAUUAUUUGACUCAACUUGAAUAUGAUGUUGAAAAAACGAAAAAUGUCCAUAGACAAGGACUAGGACAUUGGCAGGAUGAAUACCUAGCCGCUAGGUUAAGAGAGGCAGAUAUUAUAUUGGAAUUCGAUAAACUGAAAAGAGAAUUGGCUGCAAUUAAACACGAUCUUGAAGAGAAAGCAUUAAUACGAGAAGCUAGACAAACAAUUCAUGGCAAAUCGUCAAGAAUAGGUCUUCAUAACGAUCCAAUCGUUGAAGCCAUAUUGGCAGAAGAAGAAGAGUCGAUAAAUAACACCGUUGAAUUUCAAAACGAAAUAGAUUUCUUGAGACAUCAGAUCAGAAAAUUAGAGGAUCAGAAGCAGGAUUAUAAAACUAAAAUUCGAUCGAACGAAGAAAUGAAACUUCACAUAAAUGAAGUGAGAAGAAGUAUAUGGUUACGAGAAUUUGAAACCAAUCAAAAAACAGAAAAUUUGAAAAAAAGCUACAAAAAACUAGCCGACAAGAUGUCCCAUGAUCUGGGCAAAAUCCAGAACAAUAUUGAAGAAAAAGAUUUGGCCAUAGCGCGAAUUGAAGAGAAGAUUAAAGAGUUACAUUCGUUGAACGAAUCACUGGAACAUGAUUUGAAAAUCUCGGCUCAAGAAGAUCCUGCAGAUGAACUGGAAAUUGAAAAAUUCAAUUUAGAAACUGAAAUACAGAGGUUAAAAAAAACUUGAAUAAAAUUUCACUGGCAGCACCAGCCCAGGGAUUUAAUCUUCACUACCUGCAAGACUAACAUAAUGCGAAUUGUAAUAAAAUGUAAAGUGUUUAUUUAUUUCUACACAAGUUAUUUGAAGUUUUCACAUAACUAUAAAAUAAAUAAUCCGUUAGCGACUAAGUUACGUAAGUGAAAAAGCUAAUCCCCUUGCCUAAAAAUAAUAUUUUAUAUAUAUGUAUAUAUGUAUAUUAUAAACACUAAAUUCGAACUUCUGAUUAAAUGCAUUUUUAGUCAA